AUGGCGGAAGCACUUCCUGCUCCAACAGAUCUUUUGAAUUAUGUAUAUGAUCCUUGCUGUCCAUUGCCCACUGGAAAGGAAGCUAGAAGUCAUGUUAUAAGCAAAGGCGCUUGCCAGCCUAAAGAUCAUAACUUCCCUGCAAACAAACGAAAUCGUCGGUUUCAAGUAUCGUGGUACGAAAAGUUUGACUGGCUUGAGUACUCCAAAUCACUGGAUAAAGCUUUCUGCUUUUACUGCAGGGUAUUUAAUACACAGGUGAGGUGAUUCUAGCUUUGUGAGUGAUAUAAAUUAGACUUAUUAUCAAAGUGUUUAUACUUUAGUCUUUAAAUACUGAUAUUUUUUAUUAAUCGUAGUAUAAUACUAUAAUUUUUAUUUUCAUGUUAAUUUAAACAUCAAUAGUAUUAAAAUUGAAACUCUGAUUUCUUCCAUAUCCAAAUAGAUUACCCUACAACAGUACGACUACAGUAUAAAAAAAACACUGUAGAAGGAACUUCAUUAAAAGCAGUUUUAAACUGGCAAAAUAUUCCUUUCAGAAUGGGAUACACAAUGGGUUUUACUGAUAGUAUUUUUGAAUUCGUCAAACUUUUCCUUCUCUAGGUUUCGUCAAAGAGUGAUCAGGCUUUUAUCAAAGUUGGUUUUGGUAAUUGGAAGAAAUCUGAAGUUUUGACUAAGCACCAAAAAUCAGACUGUCACAAGCAAUCUCUUCAGGCAUACCGUUAUUGA